GCCAUCGAGUUAAAGGUUGGAGUGUAGCAAAGUAGCUUGUUAAAUUUGUAAGACGUGUAUGUUACGGUUUAAUACAAAAUACGAAUUUAUCUAUAGACAAGGUUCAAAUAAAUAUUGAUAAAACGAUGAACGUUGCGGAUGGGGUUGGUUAUACACGGUCAGAGGUAUUCGUGCUUGUUGCAAGGGUAUCCUUUGUUGCGGCAGUUGGAUUUUUUAGCAUGAAAUGGAUCAUGAAUCAACUCGAUCCCACAAAUAAUGCGAAAAAGAAAGCCAGGAAAAAGGCACGUGAACAAUUAGGCAAAUUAGCUAAAACGGAUAACCUGUUGUGGUCAGUAGACAUGGAUCAAUUAACAGAUUAUGAAAUGAUGAUAGCCAACCACAUUGUGGACCCUAAAGACAUUAGAGUUUCAUGGGAAAAUAUUGCAGGCCUUGAACAUGUCAUACAAGAACUUAAAGAAACAGUUAUCCUACCUAUACAAAGGAAAGAAUUAUUUGAAGACUCUCAGUUAACCCAAGCACCAAAGGGAGUAUUAUUGCACGGACCUCCAGGUUGUGGCAAGACAAUGAUAGCCAAAGCUACUGCUAAAGAAACAAAGACCUGCUUUAUUAAUUUAGAUGUAAGCAUUUUAACCGAUAAAUGGUAUGGUGAAAGCCAAAAAUUAACUGCAGCAGUUUUUUCUCUUGCUGUAAAACUUCAACCAUGUAUCAUCUUCAUUGAUGAAAUAGACUCAUUUUUACGAGUACGUAAUUCACAAGACCAUGAAGCAACUGCCAUGAUGAAGGCACAGUUUAUGUCUCUUUGGGAUGGAUUAAUUACAGACUCAUCUUGUACAGUAAUAAUAAUGGGUGCUACUAACAGGCCACAGGAUCUGGACAGAGCAAUACUCAGGCGUAUGCCAGCUACUUUCCAUAUUCCUUUACCAAAUGAACAACAACGAAUGCAAGUAUUGAAAUUGAUAUUGGAACAUGAGCCAAUAGCCGAAAAUGUGGAUAUUCCAAGACUGGCAAAAAUGACAGAAGGUUUCUCUGGCUCUGAUUUGCAAGAACUUUGUAGAAAUGCAUCUGUUUAUCGUGUCCGAGAUUACUUACGUACUCAUACGCAAGAAACAUGUACUAGUACCGACGGUGAAGAAUAUCAUGACACUGUACGACCUAUUACCAUGGAAGAUCUUGUCACAUCAUAUAAAAAAAUGAAAACAUCUAAAUUACAUACGGGUACACUCGGCACGGUUAAAUUAGAUUUAGAUUAAAAAAAAAAUAG